AUGCUUGGUCUGAACAUUAACAGGCAUCGCUUGCGGUCCACUGAGUCAGAGUUCACAAUCACCUAUGUUGCGGUGUCAGCCAUUUUCUUCAACAGCGGCCUGUCAUUAAAAACAGAGGAGUUGACUAGUGCCCUCCUCCAUGUGAAGCUGCAUCUGUUUGUCCAGUCCUUCACCCUGGUCUUCUUCCCUGUUGCCAUGUGGCUCUGUAUCAAACUACUGGCCCUUACCUCAAUCAACACUUGGCUACUCCGAGGGUUACAGACGGUGGGAUGUAUGCCCCCUCCAGUCUCCUCUGCUGUCAUACUCACCAAAGCUGUGGGGGGGAACGAGGCUGCCGCCAUCUUUAACUCCGCCUUCGGAAGCUUCCUGGGAAUACUAGUGACACCACUGCUACUGUUACUGUUUCUGGGCUCGUCAUCCUCUGUCCCUUUCUCCUCCAUCUUCUCUCAGCUUUUCAUGACUGUGGUCGUUCCUCUCAUCCUAGGACAGGUGUCCCGGCGGUUCCUGAGGGACUGGCUCGAGAGGAGGAAACCUCCGUUUGGAGUCAUCAGUUCUUUGGUUCUCCUGAUGAUCAUUUACACCACCUUCUGUGAGACCUUCUCUAACCCGGAUAUUGAACUGGACCACCUCAGCCUGCUGCUCAUCACCUUCAUCAUAUUCUGCAUCCAGCUGAGCUUCAUGCUGUUGACGUUUGUCUUCUCCACACAGUGAGUUUAAUAGUACUGUUAGUGUUAUACUGUAGUACCGUUACUGUCAUGCUGCGGCCUCUAGUGUUAUACUG